UUUCAACAAUGUUCUUAAUGCAAUUAUGGGUAUCUCAUUAGAUUUCUUUCAGGGUCCGGGGCCUGAUGUUCCACCAGAAGUCCUAGAAGAUCCCAGAUUUUAUCCUUACUUUAAGGAUUGUGUUGGAGCGGUUGAUGGUAUACACAUCCCGGUGAUGGUGGGUGUGGAUGAGCGAGGACCUUUCCGUAACAAAAAUGGUUUCCUUUCACAAAUUGUUUUGGCAUCGUGCUCAUUCGAUUUGAAGUUCCAUUAUGUUCUAGCUGGUUGGGAAGGCUCAGCAGCAGAUUUACGAGUUCUAAAUUCAGCUCUCACAAGGCGUAACAAACUGCAGGUCCCUGACGUUAUUUUUCUAUCUUUUUACCAGAAAUCAAAAUUCACAUUGGACAGUAAAUUGAAAUGACAUAAUUUUAAGUUUAUCUUGCAAACUGUUUGGAGGGCACUUUUCAUGGCAUGUAUUAAUUUUUAUGUUAGCAAUGAUAUAUUGCAGCCAUGUUUGUUAGAAUAUUGUGAUUUUUUAUUCAAUUCAUACAAUUCAAAUACGAAUUUCACCAAAA